UAGCUAGCGCGUAAUCGCACGACGGUGGUCGGUGCGUGCUGGUGUCGUCGAUUCCGGCCGACAUCGGUUGAUGCGGUCGCACGCAAACCGCGGGGUUUUUUCGGUUUCCAAAGGCGACACGCCUUUUAUCUCACGAAACGCAAAAACGUGACACACUUGUUGCCUUUCAUACAUGACUGCGAUCCCGAAAGCAUACGUGUACACGCGUGGAAUUUCACUUUCCCACGCGAAACGAAUCGGCUGCCGAAAGACGGGAAAAGAAGUUGGCGCCGCUGUGCGUAAUCGGAAAUAAGUGUGCUGAAAGGUGUGUGCGCGUGUAGCGGUCGUCGCACGCGGGUCGUUGCACUUCUCUGAGAGCCCCGCGACCUUUGUACCUCGUCUAUUUCUUCGAGCGCUCUCAACGUUUCAAACGAUGUUAUUCGAUCAUAACGGUGAUUAUGGUGAAUGCGGGGUGCGAAGCGCGUGUCGUACGACCGGGCAGACGGAAAGUGCGUAGUGAAGGAGCUCCGGAUUCGGGGCCCGGCCGGAUUCGGUGACCGGGUGGGUUGGUUCAGCAGUCGACCUAGAAUGAUUUUCACCGGCAGAUCGGUGGACGCUCUCGAUGAGGUGCGCGGCGCCGGUGGUGCGGGCGAUGUCCAGCCGGACGGUGGACGGCGGGACGUGAGCGCGGUCGCGAUCGCGGCCGGAUGGUUCUCCAGUUUACGGAGACCCGGCAGGAAGAACAAGAAAAACUAUCAGAAGCAGGCUAAGAGCGCGUGGGACAUCAGCGGCUUGUCCACCACGCAAUUAAAAGAUGAAUUGGGCGAAGUCGUGGCAGAGAUGGAGGCGAUGGAGGGCGGCGGACUUACGACCGACGAGACGAAACCGUCCAACAAGGCCAAGCAGACAUCGAUCGGCCGCAAGAAGUUCAAUAUGGAUCCCAAGAAGGGCAUCGAGUACCUGAUAGAACACAACCUGUUGGCACCGACGCCGGAGGACGUCGCGCAAUUCCUCUAUAAGGGCGAGGGCCUCAAUAAAACAGCAAUCGGCGACUACCUCGGCGAGCGGCACGAUUUUAACGAGCGCGUGCUGCGGGCGUUUGUCGAGCUACACGACUUCACCGAUUUGAUAUUGGUGCAAGCUUUACGCCAGUUUCUCUGGUCGUUUCGGCUGCCCGGCGAGGCGCAGAAGAUCGAUCGCAUGAUGGAGUGCUUCGCUCAAAGGUACUGCCAGCUGAACCCAAAUAUCUUCACCAAUACGGACACCUGCUACGUGCUGAGCUUCGCCAUCAUUAUGCUGAAUACUUCGUUGCAUAAUCCUAGCGUUAAGGAUAAGCCCAGUGUGGAACAGUUCAUUUCGAUGAAUCGAGGUAUUAAUAACGGCGGGGAUCUGCCGCGGGAGCUACUUGUGAGUUUAUACGAGAGUAUAAAAACCGAACCUUUCAAAAUACCAGAAGAUGACGGCAAUGACCUGAUGCACACCUUCUUCAAUCCCGACAAAGAGGGCUGGCUCUGGAAACAAGGCGGACGUUACAAGAGUUGGAAGAGGCGAUGGUUCAUAUUGAACGACAAUUGUUUAUAUUACUUCGAGUACACGACAGACAAAGAGCCGCGCGGCAUCAUUCCGCUAGAAAAUAUUCAGGUUCGAGAAAUUCAGGAUCGAAACAAGCCGCACUGUUUUGAGCUGUACGCCGCCGGUUCCGAAUUCAUAAAGGCAUGCAAGACUGACAGUGAAGGAAAGGUCGUGGAAGGGAAACAUACCGUGUACAGAAUGUCUGCAGCUACCGACGAAGAAAAAGACGAAUGGAUCAAAUGCGUGCGACAAAGUAUAUCGCACAAUCCCUUUUAUGAUAUGCUGGCAGCACGGAAGAAGAAAGCACAAAAAACAAAUGUACACUCGAAAAGUUAAACGCUGCCACGAGCCGGGUUUCGAGAGAGGCUCGGCGAAUCAGAAGACUGUUUAUUCGCGAUUCAACGUUACGCUAUCGUCGAAUACAAACUAAAUCGCACGAUGGCGAAAAUCCAUCGAGAGAGAGAAAGAGCAAAUACGCCGAAAGCGUUAUGGAAUAGGCUGGUGAACACCCAGCGUGGUGUCGUGACAAUCGCCUGUGGAACAUCGCCUCAAUAAGCGCAUACGUAGAAUACGGCAUUACGUACAUCGUUCGUAGAUUGAAUGUGGAAUAUUUGGCGCGAUGAUCCCUUGGACGCAAAAGAUGCAUAGCUAAAUAAAAGUUACAUUAAGAAAGGUAAUGUAUUAUAACGCGCCGUUACAACAUGACGCAUAAAAAGGAUCUGGCGCUCCAUAAGCUUAGCUAUAUUUCCAUAAAUUUAAUAGACAAACUGCCUCUAUAUUUUUUCUGCAAAGAAAACUGAAGUGUAUGGCUUUGCAUACGAUGGAAAUCGAGGUCUUUGCAGUGAAUAAUAACUACACCGCCGAUCAAUUUACAUUGGAAAAUAUGUAUGAGCAGAAAAUAUCAGUUUCAUACUUUGCUAGAAAAAUUAGUAAUUUCAAAAAUUAUCUUUGUAGUCGCGCAGGAUAGACCGUUUUAACAUUCUUAGCGUUAUAUCUAGCUAAAUAUUAUGUGAGCAUAACUUAUGACAGGACUUACAUCAUAUUAUAACAGGCAGAAGGGAACAAUAUUUAGUUUCCGGCAGCUUUGAGAUAUUGUUAAAGUCUACUUGAUUUUAGGAGACCGAAGGUAAUAUUUGAAAUAUUUUUUCGUACAAGAUAACAUUGUCUUGUAUCGUGUAGUGUAAAUACAAAAAAAUAAGAUUCACGAUUUCCACUUAUAUUUAAAAAAAAAUGUUAUAAAGCCGAGAAUCCGAUAGAAAACUCGUAUUCAUGUGAUAAUUAUUCGUGUGUAUUUAUUUGAACAAAUGUGUACAAAGAUAAAAAUUAAGUGAUAAGUUUUCUGUGUGAGACAAGAUUGUCUUGGACUGUGUGUUGGACUGUGUGUUGUUAUGCUUGUACAAUUUAUGAAAAUGGCACGAUUAGCCACCUAUGGAUUAUAAUUUUCGUUUAAUUUCAAAGGCCGCGUACGCAUAUGCGUAUGACACGCAUAAAUAUAUACACACACACAAAACACGCGUGCCUUUACAUACACACAUACACAAUUCAGUGUAGUGAUUGAAACGCGUAAUAAAUGAGAAUAGCAUCUUGGUAAGAUCUGACGGGAACCUGCAACUUCAUUAUUUUUUAUAUAAAAAGAAAAAAAAAAAGUUUAAAGCAGAGAAGUUAUGAUCAUAAGAGCUCUCUUGUGUUACUCUCGAAAUGAGUAUAAUAAUUUCAGAUAGAAAUAUCAAUGAUGAUAUUAUAUGCUUAAUGCAAUUUGUAAUUUCUUUACAUCUUUUUUACGUUACUAAUGUUCUAUAUGUCGUUGCAUAUUCAAUCCAUAAAAAAUUAGUAGCAGAAAAGCAGGUGCCUUUGAGAUCGCCAAACUAGUCUUAAUAAUUGAUCCGUCAUAUACGAAAGACUCGAGUAAAACUUUCCUUUGCUAGAAAGGCAAGGAAGGCAAGACAUCGAAAACGCCUUAUUAUAAUACGUUAGAUAACGAAACGCUGAAAUAACCAUAGAAAAAGUAGUGCGUAAUUUUUUUAAUGUCAUGCUGUUCUUGAAGAGACAUAGACUUGGUUUAUCGUAAUACAGCGAUCUCCAAUUAAUAAUGGAUUUAUGAAAAAAAAGCAUUUUUUAAUAGUAAUAUUCAAUUUCUUGCACAUGUGGGAAACAUUUUCUUCCGAUUAAUAUUUCACAACGACGUAUAUAUUCAUGCCUGUUGGUGUAUAUUGUUGAGAUAUUUCUUUCAUAGCCAUUCUGCUUCCCAAGAGCCAUAAGGACAAUAAUAUUAUAUUGUCAAAGAGCCAGCAUAUGUAAAAUGAUCAAAGAAGUGAAAUGUGGAAUCUUCCGUUUUGGGCCAUUUAUAAAUUAUGUUCUUCUGCGCAGUGCUUGUCAAACUGUUGCUGUAAUAUAUUCUGUACCGUCUUAUUUAUAAAAAUUGGGAUUGAUUGAUUAUUCGUGCUAGUACAUAGAUUUUUUAAUAUUAUUUGCAGGUGGUUUGACGAACCAUCUUACUUUUUGUUAUCAACGUUGAUAAGAAUAUUUUAUAGAAUUACACGUGUAUAUGUCAUAGAUUUAUCGAAUGUAAUAUUUUAUGAAAAGUCACAAUUAUUUAAGAAAAGGAUAAUAGUGAUAUGUAAUUAACAUCUUUAGGAAAUAUAUUGCGAUAAAUCUAUUAGCGUUUUCGAUUAUACAGGAUUUGAACGACCCAGGGUUGGUUAAUGACGUCAUUGCAACCUCUC